GUUACAAAGCAUGAGGGGAGGGCUGGCUGUUUAGUUUGGGUAGGUUGGUCAAUUCCCUCGCCACUAAUCCAAAUACUAAAUAAAUUGUUCUUUCUUCUUCUUGUUCAGACAGACCAGGCAAAAUGGCCUUACAGGCUGGGAUUUCAACCUCCAAGGUUCUUGUUCUUGCCGGAGCAGGUUGGACUGUUUCGGUUGUUUUGAGAAGUGGGCGAUUGUCUGAGCUCAUUGCGCAACUUCAAGUUUUACUCAGAGGUGUAGAUGAAGCUGAAAUCUCGUCUGAAAAGUAUGACAGUGCAGCUCUUACAGCUCAGAUUCGACAAUUGGCUCAAGAGAUCAGGGAGUUAGCUGUUUCCCAUCCUGUAACUGUUUUCAAUGGGAACUCUGCCUCCAGUGGGAGUUAUGCUUCUUACUUAGUGCCUGCUGCUGCACUUGGAGCAAUGGGAUAUUGUUACAUGUGGUGGAAGGGAUGGUCGCUUUCUGAUGUUAUGUUUGUAACAAAGCACAAUAUGGCAAAUGCUGUUGCAACUGUCUCCAAACAAUUAGAGAAUGUCAAUGAAGCACUGUCUGCAACAAAGAGGCAUCUAACCCAGAAGCUAGAAAACUUGGACUGGAAGGUUGAGGAGCAUAAGGAAACAUCCAAGCUUAUUGCAAAUGAUGUUAAUGAGGUGAAGUCAAACCUUUCUCAAAUUGGGUUUGAUGUUGAAUCGAUCUAUCAAAUGCUAUCUGGGUUGGAAGGAAAGAUUGAGCUUCUUGAAAGCAAACAGGAUAUGACCAACUCGGGCCUAUGGUAUCUAUGCCAAGUGGCUGGAGGCUUCAAAGAUGGGCUUAAUGCUAAACUUUUUAAGGAUGUCGGUGAUACAGUAGCAAAUCAUUCAACAAUCACAUUUGAGGAGACCUCUCUCAAGGGACUCCAAUUUAUUGCUGAAACGAAGGACUCAGGUGUGAUUGAUAAAUCAACGAAAACCACAAGGAUAAUUGAUCUUGACAACUUCCCUGGUGAAAAAGCUCGGACACUGAAAAAUAGAAUUCACAGGUCAUAUCCAGUUGGGAUGUCUUUGGCUGAGAUAUUAUGAAUUCAUAUACAUGAUUUUGUUGUCUUCAAUAUAUCAUUGAUUUUGUGAGCUGAACGUUUUCCUAUUGAUUCCAUAGAUGUAUAUGGCUCUAUGGGAUUCCUUAAUUCUUUUCCAGUGAUAAAUGUGUUCUGAGUGUUUGAUUUGUACAUCCCCAGCUGGGAGAGUAUAGAGUGAUAGCAUUUUGUUACAAGUGUAAGUUUCAAUGUUAUUCUUUCUCAAAAUAAAGCAUCAUAAUCUCAAUGGUGCUGAUGACAU